AUGCCCAAGAACAAGGGAAAGGGCGGUAAAAACCGUCGUCGUGGAAAGAACGAAAACGACAACGAGAAGCGCGAGCUGGUCUUCAAAGAAGAAGGCCAAGAGUACGCACAAGUCGUGAAGAUGCUCGGCAACGGCCGCCUCGAGGCUCUCUGCUUUGACGGCGAGAAGCGUCUGGCCCAUAUCCGCGGCAAGAUGCGCAAGAAGGUCUGGAUCAACCAGGGCGACAUCAUCCUGCUCUCGCUGCGCGACUACCAAGACGAAAAGGGCGACGUGAUCAUGAAGUACACCGCCGACGAGGCCCGCUCCCUCAAGGCCUACGGCGAGUUGCCCGAGAGCGCCAAGAUCAAUGAGACAGAUACCUAUGGCCACGAGGGCUUCGAGGAUAACGUCGAGUUCGACGAGGAUCGCGAGAGCGAGGAUGAGAAGGACAUUGAUGUCGAUGAGCUCUAA